UGCGGACCAGCUGAGUAAAACCCCCCAAACGAAACUCUCUUUUACACACAGACCCAUGGAGGGGGAGCAGGACAUUUGAGUGACCAUGUCAGGUUUGGAACACACGACAUCCCAUCCACUAAGAGCCAAGUGCCUAUGAAUACUCGAAACACAACAACAAAAACCUCCCGGGCGUUCCAUGUAAAAAAAACUAAAACAAAACACUGAGCCAACAGCCCAAAGGUUUCCAGCGAAAUACAUGCGGUUCCUCAGCGCCCAGGAGAGCCCGAGGCGAGGACCUUCUUUCUCUCCCUCUCUCUCUCGCUAGUUCCUGCGCGGACGCCUGUUUCCGCGCCCUCCAGUGCGCUUCCACGCGGCGUCGAAGGAGUCGAGGUCGGCCAGGCACGGCGCGUCCUCUCCCCGGCGACAGCGACAGCGGCGUCAGUCGGGACUCGCUCGCGCUAUCCGAGUGACCGACUGAGGAGACCUUCGGGACUAACUGUUAUUCUCUCUCCCUCUCUGGCUCCCUUUUACCUCCAUCUCUCUUGCUCCCGUUCGCGCGCCCGCACCGCGCCGAGGCUCGACCGUGCCUGGAGGCGUCAAUUUCACACAAAGCAUCCCUCCGAGGGCCUCCUGCCUGGGCUCUCGACGUGGCCCUCCCUCAGCCCCGUCGAGCGGAGGACCCUUCUCGCGGCGUCCCCGAGCGAGCGCCCGACGCCAGCGGAGGUGCCAGCCGAGCGGAGCCGCCCGCGAGCGCCCGUCGGGCUCCACUCGGCCUCCUAUCUCCCAUCGCGUCGACGCCUCGGGGAUCAUCUCCGCGUCGAACGGACGUCGCCUGCAGGAGCACAUUAUGGUAAAGGACUUCCGCGUCCUUGAGUGCUUGGCCGUGCCCGCGUCGGAGGAGGAGACGUGCGCGAAGGAAGUCCUUUUAGUGCGGCUACAGUGUUGAUCAAUUGAACAGUGUGAGAGACCUUCCCGGCGCGGUGUCCUGUGCUAUAAACUGUUCAGGAAACCUUUGCUGAACUACAGUGUGAAGACAAGAAAUUCAAAUUAAAAAAAGGAGGAAAGUCCUUAACGAUUUUCAAACAAUUCUUGCAUGUGCGGAAGGAACGGGAUCCGGAAGACUCAAAUAUCACAUUUAGAACAAAUAAACAAACCAAAGGAAAAAAAAGAGAACAUCCCCUUCAGCGCAGUCAUGCACUCAGGAGUCGCAUGACCAGUAAACGAGAAAGAUAGCUAAAGACAAAAGAAUAAAAGAAAAAAGGAAAUAAAAAAAUAAGAAAAGGCAAUAAUAAAGAAGAUAAAGAAGAGGACACGGCGUUUCCCAGUUACUCACAGUCCUCAGCGUCGCCUUUGACACCGUCCCAAUGCAUGAUAUUAUCAAGAUGUGCAGCUUCGAGGGCACCAAGUCCACCAAGGGCGCCUCCAAGAUGCGCCGCGACCUCCUCAACUCGGAGAUCAGUCAGCUGCGGGACCUCCUGCCGCUGCCGGCGUCCACGCGCCAGAGGCUGUCGCAGCUGCAGCUCAUGGCCCUCGUCUGCGUCUACGUCAGGAAGAGCAACUACUUCCAGCAAGAUUUCUCCCUCUUCUCUCCCUCAGCCAUGAAGCACACGCCCGCCAGCCGAGCGGAGGCGCCCAAUCUGGAGUUCCUGAAGGCUCUCAGCGGUUUCCUCAUGAUGCUGACACAGGGAGGGAAGCUGCUCUACAUCUCCGAUAACGCCGCUGAGUACCUCGGACACUCCAUGGAGGACCUCCUGAUCCACGGCGACAGCGUCUACGACAUCAUCGACAAGCAGGACCACGCGGCCGUGCAGGCGGAGCUGGUGCGGGGGGCGCAGACGGCCACCGCCGCCCACGAGGAGGACCGCCUCUUCCUCUGCAGGAUGAACGUGUCCAGGAACGCCCGCAGGCAGAUGAGGUUCGGGGACCAGAAGGUAGUCCUGGUGGCGGGGCACUACCUGUCGUACCUGCCGCUGUGCUCGAGGAACGAGCCCGUGUUCCUGGCCCACUGCACGCCCGUCGCCAUGCCCGAGACCCGCGAGAGCGUCGUCCAGGGCGCCACCAACGUCUUCACCUCCGUCCACACACUCGACAUGAAGUUCAUCAACCUCGAUAAGAACGGCGAGUUCUACCUGGGCUACAACCGCUCCUCGCUCGCCGGCGUCUCGUGGUACCACCUGAUCCACCCCGAGAACAUGCGGGAGGCGCAGACCAAGCACAGGCUCAUCACGACGAGCGAGCAGGACCGGUCGUGCAUCGUCCUGCUGCGGCUGCAGGCGGCGGGCGGCACGUGGCGCUGGGUGCACUGCGUCCUGCAGCUCAAGGACGGCGGCGAGGCGGGCCAGACGCCCCCCCAGGCCUCCCCGCAGGGCGCUCAGCAGGUCGCUGCCCUCAGCCCCUCGGGGGGCAGCGGCAGCAGUAGCAGCAGUAGCAGCAACAGCGGCAGCAGCAGCGGCGGCGGCGGCGGCGGCCAGAGCCAGCAGCCGGUGAUCGUGGCGACGAACCAGGUGCUGGGCGAGAAGGAGGCGGCCGUGCUGCGCGCCAACUCGUGGCUCUACCACUACUACACGAUGCAGUCCAAGCUGCAGUACGGCCUCGCCUACGACACGCACGCGCACCGCGUCCACGCCUACUACCCGCAGGUCAUGACCUAUCAGACGGACCCCGCGGCGUCCUACAUGAACCCUCCGGCGCUCAACGGCGGCCACUACCACCAGUCCUACGCCGCGCCCGCCGCCCACUCGCCCUACUCGCUGGCCUCGCCCUCCGCCUACGCCCACCUGCAGCACUACCACCACCACUACUCCGUCCGCCUGCAGCACGGCCUCGACUACUCGCGCGACCCCGCCUGGGGCUACUACGACGCCGCGCCCGCGUCCUCCGCCCUCGCCUCCGCCUCCGCCCACGCCGGCGCCGCGCCGCCCGCGCGCAGCGGCCGCGCGUCCGAGUCGCCGUCGGACACGAGGCGCAAGUCGCCGGCGGCGCCCGCGGCUCACGGCAGCGUGGCCGAGGGCGGCGGCGUGGCGGUGGCGACGCCCGUGGCGGUGCGGGCGGCCCCCGCCGGCGUGCACAAGGGCGCCUCGUCGCCCGAGCUGGACCAGCUGGAGGCGCCGUGGAAGGCGUCGCCGACGCAGGAGGUCCCCGACUACCCCGAGUACUCGCCCUACAUCACGCCGCCCUACUCGGCGGCCACGCCCACCAAGCACCACGUCUUCUCCUUCGACCACGGCGACCCGAGGGACGCCCACGCCCACCAGGACCAGCACGUGCCCUCGGGCCCGCCCGACCCACGCGACGCCCCCUGGUACUCGCACGCCUUCGUCAGAUAAUGCCAGAAGCUCGGCAGCAGGACUCACGCCUCCUCACACUGACGCGUUCUGUAGGUCCCUCCUAGUCUGUGCUAGUCCUCCCUCGCUCUGACACUUCGCCUUCCAAGUGAGUCUUCGUCGGCUUUUGAUUUCCUUCUAGAUCCUGGAGGCUUAAAGAAAGAGAAAAAGGAAGAAAGAAGAAAGGAAGAAGAUGUAAGAAAGAAAGGAAGAAAGAGAGAAGAAGAGGAAGAUGAAGAAGAAGUAAAGGAGAAGAUGAUGAUGAGGAUGACAAGGAAACAAAAGAAGAAUAAGAAAAAGAUGAAAUAGGAAAGAAAGGAAGGAAGGAACGAAAGAAAGAAGGAAACCUCUUUGAGAUCACGCGAAGGCAAAAAAACAAAAAAGCUAGGAUUUUUCAGGAGAAAUCUUGAGAAAUCUUCAGGAAACUUGGUAGCGCUUAACUUCUGUUUAUUUUACGAUUAUGGAAAUCAUCAUUAUCAUUAUUAACAUUAUUAUCAUUAGUUUUUGCUAUUGGAGGCGCCCGUCUGUUAAGAGAGGAGGUUGUCUUGCUGUGAUUGGUCAGAAAAAUAUAGUCGAAUUAAGGUUCACAUUGGAAAAAAAGAAAAAAAAGAAAGAAAGAAAGAAAAAAAGUGAUAUAAAAUAAAAAAACGGACAUUCAUUAUCUCAGCUGUGAUUAUAAUAAUUUAAAAAAAUGGAAAAAAAAAUAAAUAAAGUGAGGAUACGAGGUUAAUAUGUUAAUGAUGUGGGGUUUAUAUUAUCUCUAAUGUACGGUAUAAAGUCUGAUUUUUUUUUUGUAUCGUGUGUAGUGGGGGAGGGAAGGGGAUCGAAAAAGAAGAGAGAGAGAGGGAGAGAGAGUGAGAGAGAAUGUGUAGAAUUAAGAACAUAUCGUAGAAAGUCGAAAUAAAGUUUUAGAUCGACUCUCUCAUAAAUAAUGAUUUUUUUGGGGGGUAUAUUUAUUGAUCUUUUUUAUCCUCAAUACAUCUUAAGUAUCGCUUAAGUCAUAAUAACUUUACAAUUGUGUAUCCAUUAUUCAUCCUAUGUCAGUUAAUUGUAAUGCACAUAUUUUCACUUCAUUCCCCUUGAAAAUUAAUAGUUGAAGCAAUAUAAGCUUUUGGAAAAAUGCAGUUUCCACAAAUAUCUUAAAAUAGGGCAGAUAUUAGUAAAUGGCAACUCAGGUACUCGGGCAGUUGCCAUUGUUUAUUUAUAUUCAUUCGCAUGAUAUUUGUCAAAAUAAUUAACAAUGUGUAAAUAGCUUUAGCUGAUUGUGUCCUGAUGCAAAGGAGAAGAAGGAGAAGGAGAAGAAGAAGAAGGAAAAGGAGAAGGAGAAGAGGAAG